AUGCGAGCUAUGCUGGCCCUUUGCCUGUCAGUGGCACUCCCUGCGCUCUCUUUAGCAUCUCGAGACGAGGAGCCUGAGACAACAAUGCAGCAGACGCAGCUGCUCCAGCACCAGUUGGUCAUCGAAGGUGCGGAGGAACGACGCUUGAAAGCAGCUCAGCCGCUCCACUGGGUUCACUUCCCGAAGACCGGCAGCUCCUUCGUCAACACCAUCGCCCACCUGCCCGGCACUUGCUCGUCUUUAGCCAGUCACGCCCUCAACGAAGACACGGUCGGCGGCGGCGCCUGCUGGCUGUCCCGCUGGUUCAUGGAGCGCUGCCAACAGGAGUGUCACGCUGACCAUUACAUUUGCCAACGGUCAUCGUGGCCACAUGUCCCUCUGACCAGCUACGCCACCCAGAAGGGUCACUUGGUGGGAAUGUUCCGUGACCCGGAUCAGCGUAUCCUUUCAGGCUACCAUGACGAGGCUAACAACUUUGCGGCAGAGGGCUACGGCAACUACUUGAUCGACAUGUCAAGCCACGAGAUCCAAGCGACAGGGGAGAACUGCACCGGAUCCUUAGUGAGAGGCUUGCUGAAGAGGCCACUGCUGGGCUUUGCCAGUGCGUGGAAAGGUGGUAUGACUUAUCAGCUGACUGCUGAGCACCAAACCAUGACAGCAUUGGAUUCGCGCAGGCCCACGGUGACGCUUCAGGACGCCUUGGAGGCAGCACGGCGGGUGCGCGAGGGCUUUGCCUUCGUGGGCUUGACAGAGCAGUGGGACCUGUCAAUCUGCCUUUUCCACAAGAUGUUCGGAGGACCAUGUCGCGCUUUCGAGUUCGAAAACACAAGGCCCAGCUAUGCAGGGAAGACCGCAGACCAAGACUAUGAUACCGCACAGCUUCAGGGGUGGCACGAUGACAUUGACGAAGUGGUGUAUGCCGCCGCUUCGGAGGUCUUUCGCCGAAACCUCAUUUUGUUCAACGUCUCGCAGGAGACUUGCGAGGAGUUCUGCAGCCACUGA